AUUCUAGAUCUUGGCGGCGCAGAGGACAGCAGCCCACGGCUCGGCUCCAUCCUCAAAUCCAGGCCAGGGAGGAGCCGCCGGGAUGGCACGCCGCCGCAGCCCGCGCCCCCGUCCUCAAAUCCAGGCCAGUCGGGACGCCGCUGGAGUGAUCCGCCGCCGCAGCCCGCGCCUCCAUCCACAAACCCAGGUGAGUGAGGAAGGAGCCGGGGUGACACCCCGCCGCAGCCCGCGCCUCCAUCGCCAUAUCCAAGCGAACGUGAAGGGCGCCGGAGUGAUCGGCCGACGCCGCCGCCGUAGGCGUGGCAGCUCGCCCGCGGCUACUGCCUCCCUGCCGGACGGCGACGACAUGCUGCGGGAGAUUUUCCUCCGUCUCCCGCCGCAGCCGUCCUCCCUCCCGCGCGCAUCCGCCGUAUGCAAGCAAUGGCGGCGCAUCGUCGCCGACCCCAAGUUCCACCGCCAGUUCUAUGCACACCACCGGAAGCCGCCCCUGCUCGGCGUCUUCCUGCGGGGGGGAAAAGAGGAAGGUAUCGUGUUCAACCCCAUCCUUGACCCUCCCGACCGCAUCCCCCCUCGACGCUUGUCCCUUGAACUCCCCAGCAACCGCGACGAUCACGAUUUGCUCAACUGCCACCACAUACUCAGCAACCACGACGAUCACGAUUUGCUCAGCUGCCGCCACGGUCUCGUCCUCGUCAAAGAGUGUGUGAGCGGCGAGGUCAUUGUGUGCGACCCCAUCACCGGGAAGCAGCGCCGAGUCGCCGUACCGCCGGUGUUCAAGUGGGACCACUUAUGGGGGGUGGUUCUCUGCGCUGCUGGUGACCAGGGCCACGUGCACGGCAGCUGCCACUCGAGCCCAUUCAAGGUGGUCUUGUUGUCCUUGUUCAGACAAGAUAGGCAAUCUCUCGCCUGUGUCUACUCCUCGGAGGCUGGAGAAUGGGGCGAUCUCAUAUUAGGAGAGGGUCCAUAUUACAUUCAAAAUUUUACUGCAUAUGCAACCCUAGUUGGUAAUGUCCUUUACUGGUCGUUCAACGGUAAUUGCAUACUUGAGUUUGAUUUGGGUCGACAGAACCUAGCUGCAACUGCGGGGCCUCCUAUUACACCUGAUUUCUACUAUGGUGAUUCUCAAAUCAUCCAUGCUGAGGAUGGCUCUGUUGGAUUCGCCAUAUUGGCUCAUUCCCGCUUCCGAAUGUGGCAGAGAAAUGUCAAUUGUCAAGGCGUUGCUACAUGGGUGCCUUGGAAGACCAUUGAAAUGUGUAACAUUCUUGGGCUCUCUCUUCAGACAUGGGAACAGAUGACAUGGAUGGGGUAUGAUGAGGAUAAUGAUGUGAUAUUUUUAUAUGUCGGCCCCAAUGUCUAUUCGGUUCAACUUAAGUCUAUGGAAUCAAAGAUAAUUUACGAAACCAAUUGGAUCAGUGAAAUUCAUCCUUUCACCAGUUUCUAUACAACAGGAACAUCCAUUGAUGGUGGGUCUAAUCCAGCUGAAAUGCUGCAUGGUACAUCGGAUGCUUGUCUAGUUUGAUGGAUUAAUGUACUGAAAUAGUUCAGCUGGUUAAUUUAUCAGCUGAGUGUUACUUGUUGUCACAAUGGAUUUUGUCAAUAAUUAAGCUCUGUAUUGUCAAGCUUUUUCCGAUGAUGCCAAGAUGACAGUUGGAUGUAGCGGUGCAAAAAUUCAAGAGAAGACGAUACCACAGGUAGUGCUGAUGAGUGAUGAGCCUAGAGGCUGAGAUGGAAGUUAACUUGAGGAAUAGCGUUCGGAACAAUGUCCCGCAAAAAAAAGUUACUCCCCCCGAUUCAUGUUACCUGUCACUAGUAUGGAUGUAUCUAAUACUAAAAUGUGUCUAGAUACAUCUAUAUUAGAGACACUAAUAUGAAUUGGAGGGAGUGGGAUUGUUGAUGUUUAAAGAAAAGUUUCAUAGGCGAUAUGGUAUAUUUUUUGGUUUAGAUUUUAGUAUGUGAUAUGUUUCUGAAACCUUGAUCAUUUUCCUUUUGGUGUCAUGAUUCCAGAGAACUCUCUGUAUGUCCAGGUUUGACAUCAACUAGUUUU